AUGCCUGUGGUGGAGGGCAAGCUCUUCCUGGAGAAAUAUGGCUAUUUCAGGGAGCAGGGGGCCGGCACACACAGCCCAGCCGAGUUCAGCAAGGCGCUGAGGGAUUUCCAGCGUGUGACCCACCUCCCUGCCAGCGGGGUGCUGGAUGCCCCCACCCUCCAUCAGAUGGCCCUGCCCAGGUGUGGCACGGAUGACGGGCACGGCCGCGCUGCCCCCGCCCGGCGCCGCCGGCGCUCGGCACAGCACGGAGGGCGGUGGCCGAAGCGGCAGCUGACGUACCGCGUGGUGAACCGGCCGCCGUACCUGCCGCAGCACGGCGUGCGCCUGGCCGUGCGCGCCGCCUUCCAGCUCUGGAGCAACGUGUCCUCCCUGCUCUUCUGGGAGGCGCAGGAUGGUCCUGCCGACAUCCGCCUCACCUUCUUCCACGGCGACCACAACGAUGGACUCAACAACGCCUUCGACGGGCCAGGCGGUGCCCUGGCCCACGCCUUCCUGCCCCGGCGAGGAGAAGCUCACUUUGACAGCGCUGAGCGCUGGUCCCUGCACAGUGGCAAGGGCAGGAACCUGUUCAUCGUGGUGGCCCACGAGGUGGGGCACACGCUGGGGCUGCAGCACUCGCCCGUCAAGAGCGCCCUCAUGUCACCCUACUACAAGAAGCUCAGCAAGGAUUUUGUCCUCAGCUGGGAUGACAUCUUGGCCAUCCAGAGUUUGUACGGAAAGCCCUCCAAGGGCUCGGCCAUCCAGCUCCCAGGAAAGGUCUUCACUCACUUCCAGGACUGGAACUCGGACCUUUACAGCAGGGACCGGCAGCAGAGGAGCCUCAGCACCUAUUACUGCCACUCCUUCUUCGAUGCCAUAACCUCUGACGGGGAUCACAACCUCUACAUCUUCAAGGGCAGCCACUACUGGGUGGUGUCAGGCAGUGGCAAUGCCAGCGAGCCCCAGGCUCUGCAGCCGCGCUGGCCCGGCCUCCCCGGCGGCAUCGACGCCUGCGCCUGGUCCCAGAGCACGGGCAAGUUCUACUUCUUCAAAGGUGGCCGGUGCUGGCGCUACGCUGGCUCCCAGCUGGACGCGGGAUUCCCCCGCAAAUGCAGCGCCCUGGGGCUGCCCCGGCACCCGGACACCGCGCUCUACUUCCAGCAGCUCCGGCGCCUCGUGGUCUUCAAGGGGCCCAAGUACUUCGUGCUGGGCGAGGAUCCCAUGGCCGUGGAGCCCUACUACCCCCGGAGCCUGCGGGACUGGGCAGGGCUGCCCCCGGGCACCGCCGGCGCCCUCGCCCACCGCGACCGCGCCCUCUACUUCUUCAGGGACGAUCAGUUCUGGAAAUUCGACCAGGACAAGCUGCAGGUGGUGGCCACCGGCAAAUGGGCCACGCAGCUGGCCUGGAUGGGCUGCUGGGAUGCCAACAGUGAGCAGGUGCUGUUCUGAGGAAAGGGGGUCUGGA